CCAAAGUUCAAAAUAAUAUUGAGGAAUUAUUGAAAAAUAACUCAGAAGAAACUAAAGAGCUCCAAGAACCCAAUGAGAAAAGCUCUGAGAAAGGUUUCGAGAAAGGUUCUGAGAAAGAUCCUGAGGAUCUUAAAGAUCUAAUUCUACUCGUUCAAGUUAACUAA